AUGGAGGACGGCGGGGGCCGGAGUGCACACGCGAGGGCCGCAGCGGCGGCAGCCAAAGCCAAGAAAAAGAAAGAGAAGAAUGACGCCAACACGUCGCGGGAGCAGCCACGCCAUCCGGUCCCUUUUGCUCAGAUCCCCGGCCUCACCGACGCGCUGCUCGAGCGCCUCGAGGCACUUGGCGCAACAGAGCCGUCAUUCAUGAUCGGAAAGUCUCUGGUGAUGAGCGACGUGAACCACGAGCAGGCGCGCUUGCUCUUCUCAUCUAAGCGCGAGUCGCCGUCGCAGGUUACCAGCGUCUUCACCGAGACGGAGAUGCAGUUCGUCGAGGACAAGACCGGGCUGCUCGUCACCGCGUUCGACCGUGCCGGCCGGAGCUACAACCUCACGUGCAAGUACCUCGUGUCCAACACCGGCUACCGCUUCAUCACCGGAUGGAAGGCGUAUGUCAACGACAACGGCCUGGGCGUGGCCAUGCGCGUCGAGCUAUGGUGCUUCCGGUCUCGGAAACUGCACAAUCGAUACGAGCUGCGCCAAGGAACGGAUGGAAAGGAGAAGAAGGUCCCCGUCAUGGUGGAGAGUGGUCACCCUGAUGGCUCCUUGGGCCUGGUCCUGCUGCAAUAUGAGAACGACCUGCUGGAGCCAGAACAAGCCGCUGACGACGAACCCGACGAGGCGCCGCCGGUCCAGGAGACGGAGACAGGGCACAUGGAGUCCAAGACGGCGACGACCGCAGAGGAUAAGCUAGCAGAUGACGGCGGUACGUGUGCUGAGCCAAUCAAGUCCAAGACGACGAUCGCGGAGGACAAGCUAGCCGAUGGUGGCGGUGAGUGUGCUGAGCCGAUGAUCAGGGAACGAAAUACUGUGAUCUCUAGGGACGACGUGUUCUAUGCCGCGAUAGGGCUGCUUGAGCUAAAGAAGCACUUUCGUGGUGGUGGUGGUGGUGGAGGAGGAGGAGGAGGAGGCGGCGGCGGAGGAGGCGGAGGAGGCGGUGGCAGAGGAGGAGAACCGGGAAGUUGA